AUGCAACUUAUGCUUGGAUUGAAUGCAAAUAUUACCAUUAAUGAUAAUCAUAAUGGAUAUGAUAAACAGAAAUGUUUUACGACAGCUGAUUUACAAACACAUCAUAAAAUAUCAUCGAAUAAAGUUAUCACACAACCAGCUCUUGAGUAUUUUUUGGCUAUGAUUUGUGAUCUAAAAGUUGAUCCGAAAAUGCGAAGACGCCUUGGAUUACGUUAUACCGCGACACCUGAAGUGCAAAAAUUGCUUCUGAAAUUGAAACGAAAACAAUAUGUACGAAGUGAAUUAGCAUAUAUUGAUGCAAAUGUGAUCAUUACUACAUUAAAGGAAAUAUUGAAUACUUUUCCGGGUGGUAUAUUUGACGAUGAAUCAGAGGAAUUUUUAUCCGUUUCAUUAGGAUCAUCACUUCAAACAGCGCUGAUAUAUGUUAAUGGUUUAAUCCUGCAAUCGCCGUAUUUUCUUCGUCAAUUCACCUAUCUGAUUUGCCGAUCGCUCAAAAAUCUGAUUCAACAAUCAAUCGGUUCCAUAACAGAUGCAUACACCGAUGCAUUGCUUUUGUUUACUCCAAUACUUUUCCCAAAUUCGGUUCGUGAAAUAAACCGUUUCCUGCGAGCAGCCCGAAUAUCACUCAUUCUAAUUGACUUAUGCGAUGUUGUUUUUCGUCCAUUUCUUCCACUUACAAUAUCCUCCAAUGCAAAUGAUGAAGACUCUUUUCACGAUAUAUUAGACAGUUUAACAUAUCUUUGCAAUUGGUUAAAUUCGGCUAUUGUAAGCAAUGGAAUUAUGGAUGGUACGGAUAAUGAUGAUGAUGAUAAUAAUUAUAUUGAUAAUGAUUAUGAUGAUAAUUGUAGUAGUGUUGAUAAUUGUGAUGUAUUUUGCUCAAUGAAAAAAUUACCCGAUGCUACCAGUUAUUAUCGGAUUACUUAUUUAAUGGAUUAA